GACGAAAUGAUCAAACAAGCAUGGUACUGUACAACAAAAGAAACUACUUUUUCAAUCGAUUAUAGUUUAUCAUACGAUAUCUUAUUUCCUAUCGAGUGAGCAGACGUUCCUUGACGUUUUAAAGCAAGUAUAAACGUCGGCAAAAGCUGAAAUUCUUUGGAAGAAACAGUAAUGGCGCAACGCUCCAUCGAUUUAUUUUCCAUUUUGGAUAGUAAAGCUGAUAUCGGUGAUGGCAUGUUGGACGAAUCAUCAUGUAAUCCGCCAACAUCUUGUGAAAAUGGCAGUUCGACAAUCGGAUUGGCAAGAGAAGAAACCUUACCAAAUCAAGCGUCCCAUGAGCUUGAAACUUCAGUAACGUUGCCAAGUUUAACAAAGGAUAGCAGGAUUAAUAUUGUACCUGAAGAAUCAAAUUUGGCACAAGAAGAAAUUAUAUCUCAUAUGGCAAAUUGUUCUGAAGAAGUUUUCCAGAGAAUCCAGCAUCGAGAUGAGCCACCACUUUCUAUUCAGCAGAAAAAGGAAAUUGUAACAUCAUUGCUCAACUCCAGUCCUUCAAAUUUUCUUUUCAGAUUUGGAAAAUUCUUGGAACCAAGACAUUUAAAUUACUUUCAUCAAUAUCUCAAUAACUAUGAAGUUUCUUAUUAUCUCCAACAGUUGGGAAAAGAAACUAAGGCCCAGGAAAUUUGUGUCAAAAAUCGCCGUUUUCAUGCAAUGAACGAACUGAUAAAAGAAGGAAAAUACUUCAGCAUGGAAGAGAUGAGAAAAAGAAACCCAAUCCUCUUUCAUGAACUUGUUGAGAAAUACAUGACACCUGAAGAAAAGAGGUCUUUGGAACAAGAGCAGCCAAAACUAUGUAAUCUAUCUACAAUGUUCAUGGCUCACAUAGAUGGAGAUCAAACAUGCUCCAAAAGAAGGAAUGAACAACUAGCCAAUCAGUCAGCCUGGGAUGAAGCUUCAGCUCAUGAUGAAGAGGAACAAGAUGAAGAUGUAGAUCAAAAUGAAAAGGAGUUCUUUCGCGAUGAAUUUAUAUCAGGUAUGUACAGCAGCUUUCUUCAAGGGCACGAUGAAGAAUUCGACUACAGCAAAAUCGAUGCUUCGAAUCAUAACGACAUAAUUUCUGAAAGAGACGAAGAAGAAAGAUAUUUCGACAAUGACUAAAAUUUAACAAUUUGGAAUUUAAUAUCUUGUAAUAAAAUGGUCUUUAAGUUAUCACAUACUCUGCUCCAAAAUGGCCUCAGGCCAUGACCCAGGCCAUUGGCCUGUUGUCUGUUGUCUGUGUUAGUGUUGUAUAACUUGUCCCUUUUACCUGUGAGGGGUCAUUAAGCAGUACCAUACCUGAAACAUAAAAAUUUUUGGAUCAGGACAAAAUGUUGUUAACACUAUAGGAGUAAACAGAUCUUUGCCUGAUA